GGGUAUAAAUCCUUUGGCAUGAUUUUGAGAAGUUAGUGUUUACCUCUAAGUAAGUUUGAGUGGCGCAGAAAUACAGACCCUUCUGUUGCUCUGGAUGUGGAGUUUAAAGGAAGCAAGAGUUUUCAGAAGCUUUCUCUUUUAGCUGUCUGAUUUCUCUGUGGUUUGAUGCUGAGAGAAGGGAGUAAAAGGAGACAAUUGAUCUGUUAUUAACCUUGCAUCAUCCCAUUUUGCAAGUGGUAAAGUCUGGAGGUCCGUCUUCGGAUUUGGGAAAUUUGUCCUGGAUUUAUGGCUAACCUGGCCACAUUCUAAAAGCCGCUGGAUUUAUAGAAACACAUAGAAAUUGCAGUGAGCUGCAUGCUGUGAGUUUGUGUACCGAAGAUGUGUCUGCUCCUUGCUUUAGGCUUACUGUAAACUCAAAUGUGAAAAUUAUCUUAAAAGCAUCUCUUUAAUGCCUGGAAUUAACUUGACACUCAGUUAAUGUUUCUGUUGACACAGUGAAGUGAAAUGUAGGGGGGGAAAUGUAGGCUAACCUUGUUUUGAAGUUGAUUUUGACUUUUUGAGAUGGAAACAACUUUGUUCUGUGCCUGUCAGGUACAUUGUUCAGUAAAAAUGCUUGACAUUGUAAUUGUCCUGCAAAGUUAAAUUUUGUAUUUAUUCUAUUUUAGAUGCAGGGGUGCUGAUCAAGUACUAAAUAUAGGUGCUUGUAUUGGAUAGGCAGAUGUGACCAUAGAAAUGUCUGGCUUGUAAUUGUUUGUGUGCUUGCCUGAGAACUCGGAGGUGAAAACCUAAGUAAUAAUUUUUGCAAGCAGCCUUUAACUUCAUUAAUAAAAUGACCUCAUGCUUUCUUGUUGUCCUUCUGUCCCACCCCUGUUGCCACCCCUUUUUUUAGCUAUUUGGGACAGACCCAAGUCUCUGUUUAGCUGUACUGUAAAUUUUUAUAAAUGGCAUAUUUUAACAGGCUUCUUAAUACUGUUGUACCUGAUGUGCCAGAAUCUACCAGCUAAGGCAGCUUGAUAUUAAUGAGAGAACUUUGAAAAUUGUCUAUUUUAGGAAAAAAGGAUUAAAAUACUGGUGUUUGACCUCUGGUGCAAGCAGUGACAUUCUUCAGAUGCAAACUUAAGUAGGUUUAACCUGCUGUUCUGGAAUGGAAAUUUGUUUAUUAGCUGUAGUGAAAGAGCAGUGGGUUUGAGUGAUGUAAUACCUUUUUGUAACACCAUAACUUGCCUGUUGACAUACUUAAAAAUAUAAAAAGCAGUGUACAGUACUAAAGUCCAGUGGCUCCAGUAGGAGAACAGAACCUCCGGCAACCCUGCAUCCAGAUAUUCUUUGUGUUGAAGUUUCUGACCUUUAGACAACUCUCCAUCUUCAAUUUCUUUAUAGAAAAUAGAAAGUAAUGAGCAUUGGAGGAUAAGAUCAGGCUUGCUGUUCUUAGAAACCAAACCUUUUUGAGUUGGCUGUGAAGAGUGCUAGGAUCAGGUACAAAUUAUUUGCUUUUUUUUUCUACAUGACUGAUAAAUACUUGCAUUAUUAAAAUUUACAUUUCACAAGUUACAUUUUUAGAUUUACAGCUGAAUUAAAAUGGCUUUGGCAUUUUAAAAACAUCAUGUCAUCAGUGCCACAGCACAGGUAGAAAGACUAUUCUAAACUUAGCUUUAGUUUGUAUAAGCAGAAGUAGUUUCUUUUUUUUGCCUGCUAGUAAACAUUUAUAUUAGUUGAGGUAAAAUAGCUCUGAAGUCAUCACUUCUCUAACUUUCUUGAAAAUAUUACUCUUCCUUCUUGAUUUCUCAUUCUUCUAGUUGACAAGUGACAGUGAUUUUAUAGGUGAGACUUGAAGUCAAAACAUCCAAACCAGCUACUUAGUCUGUGUGGUAAGUAGGAUGCUGACAACCUAAAUUCAGUCUUACCUGAAGCUGAACUCCAAGCUUGCCUUGUAAGUUGCUUUCAGGUGUCCCACUUGGUACUUAGCAAAUGAUUGCUUUAUAAUCUACCUUAAUGAGGAGCUGCUGUUGAGAAUCCUGCAAGUAGUGUGAGGAGUGUUCCAUGAAAACACCCUAAGCUUAGGUAACAUCACCAGUAGCGUUUAAACUCUUGUCUUACUACAACAGGUUUAUCCCAGUGUGAUGAAGUAAGUGCAGGUAGAAAUGCUUCUGCGCUGAAAGGCUGUCCAUUUGAAAUUAAUAGGUGUUACUUGGUGUUCUUCAGAAGUGUGGGAAGAAAACUGUUCACGUCUUGCAGCAAAGCCCUGCUUUCAGCUGUCUGAGAACUGUAUAGGGAAUGCAGUGCAGGUGAGCUCAAGGGGAACAUCUUACAGCCACCAGCACAGUGACAGGCUUGGAGGGGGGUGGAGGUGGUAUUUGGGUGUUUUGACUGCCAAUUUUUUGUCCUUCAACAGUGAAGUCAUGAGUUAAGAUUUUCUUUUGGGUUUAUAGUCACCUGCAUAUUUGUAUCAGCUGGUUUGUUCCAUGCUGCUGGAACCAGCAGCCUUCUUCCACCACUGCCUUCUGACUGCUGAGGGCCCCUAGGGAAACUCCUUGGGCUUCAUCUCAGUGUCCUGAAACAAGCACACAUUCACUGUUACUGCUGAUCCAAAUGUGAUCUUCCCUCUGAGCAAAUAUUUAAAAUGCUCUGUUGCAGCCAGCAGGUUGGUGGCCAGGAGUAUCCACACCCUGUAUGCUGAGAACAUCAUCGGCUUGGUGAGAGGCAGGACUUGUUUCCAAGCAGUGCUUUAGUCAGGACAAACAGGGAGAGCUGGGAGGGCAGUGGCUGGGGCAAUGGCUUCACACUGCUGAAGAAGGACAAGUGAGAGGUGCAGGUGCUGAAUGUUUCAAACAAGGAGAGUUCAUCCUUUCAGAGGAACUAGGUUCCUAACUUCCACAAGAUUUAUUUAAAUCUUCUGGAUGAGGAGGCAGGGAAAUGUCAGUAAAACAGGCUUAAAUUGAGAUCAUUAGUGCUUAAUUUGUAGUACUGCAGUUUUACAAAAAGAUAACUUAAUUUUUCUUUACUAAUCAACUUGCAUAGUAUAGCUUUAAGCAUUGCAGGACAUUUUAAAAUGAGGUCAGGAGCAGAAAAAAAUUGAUUUGUCAUGAAAGGAAAGCUGGUGCUACAGAACAGUAAGUGUAAUUUGGUUUUCAGCCAGUUAAAAAAAUUAUAUCUCUGGGUUAGUAAGCAGUAUUGGUUGCAUUCAAACUUUGUACUUAUUGCUGUUCUUUGUUGAUUGGUUCUUUGCAAAAUACCAUGGUUUCUUAUUUUGAUGUGUGUUGGUUUUCUUAAUACAUUCAUUGAUAAGUUUACCUGUUUCUGCCAAUCUUUAGAGCCAACACAGCCAAGAGCUUCAUCUGAUUUGGACUUUUAGGUCAGCAUAAUGGUUUGCCAUGUUCUAUUAUUGGGGAUUCCUUGUUGCUGGUGAUGGGUGAGCCUGAAAAACUACAGCUUUACUUGCACAUCAUAGGCUCCUCUUUAGCCCAUUGUGCUGAAGCCAAGGGGUUCUGCCUGAUCAGGAGUCUCUGCUAGCAAUUUAAGUGAGCUGGAGAAUGGAAGGAGUUGAGUUUAAGGAAGAGUGGCAAGAUGAAGAUUUCCCAAGGCCCCUGCCGGAGGAUGAUCCUGUUGAGUCUGAGGCAUCGGCUGCAGCUGGAACAGAAAGUGAAGCUGAUACAGAGGGCAAUGGAACCAAAUUGAGGAAGAAACUAAUGGCUUCAGAUAUUAGCUUGACUUUGGAUCCCAGUGGGGAAUCUGUUUUGUCUGAUGACUUGGAUGAGAGUGGAGAGAUUGAUUUGGAUAAUUUAGAUACUCCUUCAGAAAACAGCAAUGAAUUUGAAUGGGAAGAUGAUCUUCCAAAACCAAAAACUACUGAUGUCAUUAGGAAGGGCUCACUGGCUGAGUACGCUGUGGCAGAGGAGAAGGAUGACGGCCGCCGCUGGCGCAUGUUUCGGAUCGGAGAACAGGACCACAGGGUGGACAUGAAGGCAAUUGAACCGUACAAAAAAGUUAUCAGCCAUGGUGGUUAUUAUGGUGAUGGAUUAAAUGCCAUUGUUGUGUUUGCUGUUUGCUUCAUGCCUGAGAGCAGCCAGCCUAACUACAGAUACCUAAUGGACAAUCUGUUUAAGUAUGUAAUUGGCACUUUAGAACUGUUAGUAGCAGAGAACUAUAUGAUAGUUUACCUGAAUGGUGCAACAACACGGAGAAAAAUGCCAAGUUUAGGCUGGCUUAGGAAAUGUUACCAGCAAAUUGAUAGAAGGUUAAGGAAAAAUCUGAAAUCGUUAAUCAUAGUUCAUCCUUCCUGGUUCAUCAGAACUCUCCUGGCCAUCACAAAACCUUUUAUUAGCUCAAAAUUCAGCCAAAAAAUUAGGUAUGUCUUUACCCUGGCAGAACUAGCUGAACUCAUCCCCAUGGAAUACGUUGGCAUCCCAGAAUGCAUAAAACAGUAUGAAGAAGAAAAGUUUAGAAAGAAACAGAAAAGAGUUGACCAAGAGCUGAAUGGGAAACAAGAGCAGAAAAGUGAACAGUAAGUUUGGAGUCCAAACAAGACUGAAGAAUACACAGAUGGAACGAUGCUGUUUGUGCUCCAUUACAGUGCAUUCUCUGUGUGUAUGUAUUAUAUAAUCUGUUGCAAAAGGUGCUUUGGACUAGCACACAAUGAACUGCUUACUGCUGUACUGGUUUGUCUUGACUUUAAUUGCAGUUUUUGUAAUCAUUUUAUAUUGCUAAAUGGCAAAGAACCCUAUGUUUUCAGAGGAUGUUCUUGCAGCUGUUUAUCUAAAUGAUGCAUGUUCUUCAGUAAAAUAUUUAUGUACCUAAAUGUUAAAGGAAAGAGAUAAUAUAUAUAUUUUUAUGACUGAACAAUAUAUUGUGUGUACCUGCUGAAGGAAUUCAUUUGCAGGUAGACAAGGCCAUAAGUUACUUGUUGUUAUUGUAUAAAUUUGUUUUGCUGUAAAUGGUCGAGUGCAUUUCUUUGUUGUCAUGAAAACUUGUUUGGAUAUUAACAAUCACAUUAACUUGGCUUUCACAAAUACAGAGAUCCUUAUUUUUGUUCAUUUACCAUACACAAGCUCACUCCUUUGCCUCACCAGAGUGAGCUUCACCUUUGAUGUCUUUCAGUCCAUAAUUCAGGAUGCAGAACUGCAGUUCUGUGGGUGGCAGUUUGUUGAAGCCUAAGCCACAAAAGCUGAACUGUCUGACUGGUAAGAUACCAGAACUUUUUUGGUUGAAGUUGUGAAUUUAGAUUCUGCUUCAGUAUGUCAAGAUUGUCUCAGCGAGCAGUAGGAAAUAAGUUUACUGCAGUUCUUUGUGGAUGAAUUUUGAUUGUUUCUGGUGGGAACUCUGGUCAUGCUCAGUAGAACUUGGGAGCUACACAAGUAUUCUAACCACAAUACCAUUUUUUAGGCAGAAAUAUGAGAAGUCUUAUGCUACCUGUGUCAUUCUUGUAGAUAAAACAUCCAUUUCUAAAGCUGUUAGGCACAUGAUACCAGCACUAAUUUGUCUUUUAAGAAAUGUUUUAAAGGUUGGGGUGUUUUCACUCCCCACAGUGGUGGUAAAUCUGUGUCUGCAACAGGUCUUCUUGGACAAAACUAGUGUGUGUAGGUUUACUGGGACAACAGUAAUGCACUGGUUGAUACAUUGUAAAAGUUUGUAACAUCUUCUGAUAAACAUUGCAUUUUCCAUGUAAGGGCAGGUGUAUGCAAAUAAAUUCAGGAGUUGAGCAAUAUAGUAUGUUGUAGCAAGUAUAUUAAAUCUUUGCUUUUGGUGUUUAUUGUGCUCACAAUUUUGUCUUAAUGCUAAAAAAUAUCACUUUUUAAUUAUAUUUAAUGUUACUCAGUUACUUUAUUUUAAAAAAAGUUAUGUUCAAUCAGAUUAUUACAUGACAUUGAUAGACAGCAGUUGCGAGACAUUCGCUGGACAAGACUUACCAAGUAACAGUUAAUCCACUGUCUCCAGUGAUAUCUGCAGAGACUCUGAGAGCAUAUGGGUGUCAGGUGCAUCUCUCUGGUGGUUUACUUAAAUCUGCAGUUCAGAUACUUUCUUCUCAAGAUCUAAGUCCUUUUGUUGCAGUAGUUUUUAUAUCAGUUUCAAGGAGAUUGAUAGGCAGGAUUUAUUCACACAACAGACAAUACCAAUGCAAGUUAUCUUGCAUCCACUCCAUCAGGUUCGGAUCUUGCUCUGAAAGCAGAAGACAAAUGCACUUUCUUUGGGGCUGUCUUAUCUCCUGCUUCAGUUUUGAUGUUGACACAGGUUAAUGUAAAGUUCAAGUCAGUACAUGGAGCACAUGCAGCCUGUUUACUUCUGAUACUUUUGUGGUGUGAUCUGUGUGACCAUGCAAAUCUGAUUUUUACUGGGUUGGCAUGUGUCCUAAGCUAAACAGGAAGCAUUCUGGUAAUCUCAUUUCCAUUUUUUCCUAAUUGAUAAAAGGAUUAGUCUCAGUAAAAUAAUAUUCUUUGUUGGAGGUAUUGUAGUUCUGUGUCAUGUGGCUUCCUGUGUGUAUAGUGCAGUACAGAGUAGCUGUUCCUCUGUAUAUGCCAUUUACCGAAUGAUGGGAUUGUUAUUGUGUUUCCUGGUAGCCAAGGAUUCUACAGUUUCAUGCUGCAGUAGUAUGAUUUCUGUUGGAAAUGUGUAUGUGUUUAUAAAUGGUUUAUUUCUCUAGUAUAAGAUGUUGUGAAUGAGUAUACAGCACAGCAGUUGUUCUGUCUCUAGAGAUAUGCAGCUUGAGAAAGAAGUGUACUAAAGAAUUAUUCCCCUCUGCCUUCCUGCAGCUCAUCAUUUAGUGGUGAGGUGGAUGUUUACAAAAAGCAAAGUGGUCCCAAAGCUAUGGAUGUUUUGUCAAACUUAACUUUUUUUAAAUCUAUAAUAUAAUGUAAUAUACUUUAAUAUUUAAAAACCUGAAAAGUUGGAAUGUCAUACUUAAAUAAAAAUUAUUUUAAAACUUGAAUGACUUUGUGGUAAGGUACAGUAUUGGAGGGAAUUGACUUUUCAAUGGGACUUCCUUCUAAAAGUAAGAGUAAUUUUGCUAGAAUUUGGUGACCCCUAUCAAGAAAAAAUUUCAUGAGUCACUGAUUUACCUCUGAUUUGGAGGUCUCAUUGCUUUGUAUAUAUUUAUAUAUGUAGUAAUAAGUCAUUACCUAUCUCAUUAUUGCUGUGCACAGAUGGAAUAGAGAUGUCUGGGCCAGUGGCCUCUCAGUGUGACAUUUCCUAAUGAUUUCUGCAACAGGGUAAAUUCAGAAGUGGCAAAGAAAUUCUGGAGAAAGUGUCAUUAAAAAUUGAUGUGAGUAGA